AUGAAGGCCGACUGGUAUCCCGAGACCCCCAAGGUUUGGACCACUCUCAUUACUAAUACCAAGUAUCUGACUGGUCUUAUAGUCCUUGAUUACUCAUUGAAAAAAGCUGGCUCCAAGUACCCACUUGUGGCGUUAUACACGGACACAUUCACUGAGGAAGGACAUGCUGCGCUGGACCGCAGAAAUAUCCCAAAGCUGAAAAUUGAGUAUCUUUUGCCGAUUUCCAGCAAGGACUACUCCAAUGACACCAGAUUCUACGAUUGUUGGACCAAGCUCCAACCGUUCAGUUUGACCCAAUUCGAAAGGGUCGUCCAACUGGACUCGGACAUGGUUGUUUUGCAGAACAUGGACGAGCUGAUGGACAUCAAGCUUGGGCCAGAUGCAGUCUUCGCGGCUUCUCACGCGUGUGUUUGUAACCCAUACAACAAGGCCCAUUAUCCCAAGGAUUGGGUCAAGGAAAACUGUGCGUACACGGACUACAGUGCUAAGAAGCACAGCAGUGUUCCACAGGAUGAUUUUGAGCUUGAUUACAAAGGGCCCUCGUCUUUCAGCGGAUUGGGUAUCUGUAAUGGAGGCCUCCAAGUUGUCCAGCCCAGUAAAGAAAGCUAUGAUAAGAUCACUCAGGUUCUCCAGAAUCCGUCGCAGACCUCAGAUUACGACUUCGCAGACCAAUCGCUGUUGUCUGAUGUCUUUCAGGGAAAAUGGUACGCUCUUUCGUACAAGUACAAUGCUCUGAAGACACUUGCAACCAUCCACAGCGAUCUCUGGGAUAUUUCUGAGGUGAAAAACGUUCAUUACAUUAUCAGCCCUAAGCCUUGGGAUGUGGAUGAGUCUUAUGAUGAUGACACUGAAACCUUCAAAUUUUGGUGGGACUUAAAUAAGAAGAGACUCGCAAGUGAGGCUGAGGCUGGAGUGAAGGAUGAGUUUUAG